AUGGAACUCCCGGGCCAUUUCAAGUGUGUGGCGCAGCACGUCGCGGCGCUUCCGGUGGAAUUGCACUUGGCCAAAGACGUGAAACUGCUUCAACUGACGUAUUACGACCAGAAUGUCGACUUGUUCCACGCGAACCCGAAUGUCGUGCCCUCCACCACGUACAUGCGGUGGGCCGCCAAGCAACUGUGCCAGGAUCCUCGCUUUCGGAUUUUACACUUGGACGAGACAGCAGCAGCCGAGUUGGCCCUGCAAGAGUGGCGCACGGAUAUGACGCGGGCCAUCUACCAAGCGCGACUGAACCCCCAUGAGAUCCAGGACGGACCGGUCGUCGUGCGCUCUGAGCGCGGGGUUGUCCGGGUCCAGGAAACGUUGGCACCGAAGCAACCCGUGGACGCCAUCGCGACGCCGCCCGUGGUGGUCAAGAAGCCACACAAACCCAAGAAAGCAUAA